AUGACAAUGACGGAACUGUCACGAGAAAUAGGUGAAGUCUGGACGAGAUUGUUUGACCACCGCCCGUUUCUAAAUGGUGAAAUAAAAUUUAUGCUUAGAGAAUUUGAGGAGAAACGUGGAGAUAGGGAAGUAGAGAAUUUGUUUUUUAUACUUGAAAAAGUCACUGAAAUAAAGGAUAGUCAAGUUGAGAAAAUUAAAAAAGGCUCUGAAACACUGCCAAUUUUUAGUGAAAAACUAGGUCAAGCGUUACAACUUUGUGAAAGCAUUACAAAUGAAUACUUAAAUGUGAAUGAGGAAGCUGAAAAGAAAAUAACUGAAAAUCGUGAGAAAAGACAAAAGGAAUGGGAUCAAUUCAUUGAUGAUAUGAACUUUAAAUGUAAAAGAAUUGAUAACGCAUUUGAGGAAAAAGAAGAGGAAUUGAGAGAUUUAUAUGCUGAUUUAAAUCAUAAACUUAAUAUAGCUAACAAUUGA